GAGAUAAAUCAAGAUUCAAAGCUAUUGCUUCGGUUUAUGAAUUUAAUCAUACCACUUUAUAGUUAAAUUUACAUUCAGAAAUGGUUUUGCCUAGAUCAAUGACUUCUGCAUGUUAGAUUGGCAAUUUCCUAUUUGUUGUCGGCGGAUCAUCAACCAAUGAUGAAAAUACAUCCAUGGCUAAGGCAGAGAAAUUAGAUUUAAAUACAAAGAGAUGGCAAACAAUUGAGGAUCCCUAUUUCAAAUGUAGUGGGUGUGCAUUGGUUGCAGUAGAUAACAAUACUUUGUUUAAGAUAGGUGGCAAAUGCGAUAUCUUUACUCCAUGCAACUCAAUUGAAUCGUAUGAUAUCUAGAAGAAUGCUUGGGUAUGAUCUGUUUUAUAUUUGAUUUAAGACUAAGGUAGAGUUCAAGUUCCUGUCUAAUGGAUAUUUGAGGUUGCCAUUUAAUAGUUGUGCCAUAAAGACAUCAUAUGAUCAGGUACUAAUUCUGGGUGGAUCAGUUCAUGAUGUUAAGAGUAACGAAACUUAGGUAUUUGAUUUGAAUUAAUAAUAAGAUUCUCAAUUUGAAGACAAAGACACUGUAGAAGUCGAAAGAGUUGCCAAAUUCGAUUGAGUUCAACACUCAAAGUGCAAUUGUGUAAUGCAAUAAUGUUUACAUACUAACAGAGAAUGAAUAACCUUUGUUAUUUGGAAAUUAAAGUGGAUUUAAAUAUUAAUGA